CCCCUAAUAUGCAACACUCUAGGAAAAUUCAACCUCACUUUCUCAAGAGUUUGGUUGCCUAUUCACUGCAGCUUGUAAUUAAACCAAGCCUUGUAAAAAGGGCUCAAUUAGCUGACUCACCUCUGCUAGCUAGCUAGAUCAAUAUGUAUAAGAACUCACAUGCUGGUGUCCCUAUUUAAGAGUUCGUCGUAUAUACAAGGAAAGUAUAGAGAGGCAAGUGAAGGAAAGUAGCAGAAAGAAAGCCAUGGGGAGGCCUCCUUGCUGUGACAAAGUUGGCAUCAAGAAAGGGCCAUGGACACCUGAAGAAGACAUCAUCUUGGUGUCCUACAUCCAAGAACAUGGCCCUGGAAAUUGGCGCUCCGUGCCUACCAGCACCGGGUUGUUGAGGUGCAGCAAAAGUUGCAGACUUAGAUGGACUAAUUACUUGAGGCCAGGAAUCAAGCGAGGCAACUUCACUCCUCAUGAAGAAGGGAUGAUCAUUCACUUGCAGGCUUUAUUGGGUAACAAAUGGGCAGCCAUAGCUUCAUACCUCCCACAAAGAACCGACAACGAUAUCAAGAACUACUGGAAUACGCACUUGAAGAAGAAGAUUAAGAAGCUUCAAUCAGCUUUUGAGCCCCAAUUCGCAUCAUCAGAUUCAUCUUCUUAUCAGUAUUCCUCCAAGAGCUCCAGUGACAAAAUUUGCAAUAAUUUGGAUCCCUCUACCCAUGGCUCGUCUCUCAGGUUGAACCAAGCAGCCCCAACGUACGCUUCAAGCACAGAAAACAUUUCAAGGCUCCUAGAAGGUUGGAUGAGAUCAUCGUCUUCCCCAAAGAUGAAUGCUUCAAAGCUGCACCAAAACAGCAGCUUCGACAGCAGCAUUGGAAGCUCGGCGGUGACGGCCCCUUUAUGCCACGGGCCGAUGAAGGCGGAGCAAGAAGCAGGCGGCGGCGGCAAUUUGGCUUCAAACGAGGAGCUGGAAUCGAUUCUGUCGGCUGAAAACAUGAACGGCGGCCUUGGUUGGGAGAGGCAGGCGGCGGCUGCCAUUGAUGAUGAGAAGAAGCGAAGAUCUGAGACUCAUCACGAGCCUCCGUUAGCGUUUCUGGAGAAUUGGCUGUUGGGUGAGAGUGGUGGUCAAGUUGAAGAAAUCCUGGAAUUGCCUCCUCUUUUCUGAAAGGAAUUAAUCAAUUAAGUCUCUUUCUCAUCUUUGCAAGUGUGAUCUACAAAUUAAAUGACAAAAUAAUGACACAAAACAAACAUGUUUGGUAUCUCUUUUAAUAGGGUUUUAAUUAACUUUAUUUGGGGUUCUGAGAAGUUGGGAUCUCUUUGCAAGAUACAGUAAUUAAACAGCCCUAUAAUAUAUAUUCAAGCUGAUCAUCCAUGCAUGUCAGCUGAUCAUC